UUGAGAAAUUUACUGUAGAGGAAGCGACUCAAAUCAAACUCAAAUCAAAGAAUUUGCUUGAGCCGCCUGUCGCAGUGCCAAAAAGUGAGCGCCCAAGAUGGAUUCGGUGGCUCAGCAAUUUUUGCAAGCCUACCCAAAUAGGUCCUGAGCGAAUAAAGAAGCUUGUUUCUUUACAAACCGCAUGGAAACACUGUCUACAGGUAAACGGAGAAGGCAUAUACUUGACGCUCGACGAAAGAGAGGAGAAAAGUGAUUGCGAAGUGGUGUGGAUAAAGCGCACCCGCAACGAACGAACCUAAUUAUGCCGGCAUUUGGCGAACCUGUCGCACGAUCAGUGUCCCUCUCUUCCGACCUAACUUGUCGAUGCCCAGUCUCGGCGAACCACGUUUCGUCCUUGGGACUGUGCGCGUUCGGCGUCGUGAUAUCGCGGGCAUUGCGCGAGAGAUCAGCCAAGCGGCAGCGCCAAGCGGCGAAAGGCGGUGGGGCGCAAGGAGGGAAAAAAACAGGGUUAACAGAAGAAUCUGGGGGAAUCUGGCGGCAGUGCGUGGUACGUCGUCGUCUUAGUCGGUGUUGUUCGUUCGCUCGCUCGCUCGCUCGCUCGCCCGUCCGUUUGUCGUCGUCCUGCAGUGUGUUGAUAGUGUAUCGCCCACAUAUAUUUACACACGGCGCACUGUGCGCGUCCCGGUUGAUGUGCUUCGUCGAUACCACGUCGGACGAGAGUGUGCACGGCGUAUAAUUCGCGCGUAUCGUCGCGUUCGGUUUUUCUUUGAUUUCUCUUCAGUUCCGUCGCGCGAUCGUCGAGCUCGUGAAGGCGAUUUUGCGAACGGUGCAUUUCGUCGACGUGCCUGACUGUGACUUUUGAACGAACGACUUCAGACACGCACUUCGCGACACACGCACCACGUAUCACCGCGAGUUUCGUCCUCCUCGCCGUGACUGUCCGCAACCUGGUCGGCGAUUUCGUCUCGUUUUGUCUUCUCUUCUCGAGUUCCCCGCUACGCCGACUGUAAAAGUGCAUGCUGGCGUAGGAAAGAAGUGACAGACAGCGGACUUGUGUGUGUGCGCUUCGCGGCCACGGAGGAUGUUGGAUCGCGACACAGCGAUACAUCUCGUCGCCGGAGGUGUGGCUGGCACGGCAGGAGCGAUAGUGACUUGUCCCCUGGAGGUAGUAAAGACCCGGCUGCAGUCCUCGUCUUCCGGUUUCCAUCCGCCGCCGGUACACAAAGAGUUCACGUCUAAUCACUCCACGUGCAGGAGUUCGCCGACGCCCGAGCAACGCAGGAGACUAUGGACCGGAUUGUAUACCCGGCACUCCAGUCACUUCGUAGCUCUUUCUCACUUCGGCGUCUCAAGCCCGCCGCCACGUUCUAUGCACGCGCCGGGUAUCUAUGAGUGUAUACGGUAUAUCAUCAAGCAUGAGGGAAUCCGGGGCCUGUUCAAAGGUCUCGGGCCGAAUCUCAUCGGCGUGGCACCCUCCAGGGCGAUCUACUUCUGCGCCUACUCCAAAAGUAAAGCCGCCUUCAAUGCGAUCCUACCCCCCGAUACUCCGGUCGUCCAUGUCUUCUCCGCGUCUUGCGCUGGUUUCGCGGCGUGUACAUUGACAAAUCCAAUUUGGUUCGUAAAGACCAGACUACAGCUGGACCAUCGAACGAAUAAAAUCACUGCGUUAGAAUGUAUGCGGAGGAUAUAUCAGCAAUCGGGUAUCCUGGGAUUUUACAAAGGUAUCGUGGCGUCCUACGUAGGCAUAAGCGAGACUGUGAUACACUUUGUGAUAUACGAGGCAGUGAAAUCGUGGUUGGCCACACACGGGUCGAGAGCCACGAGGUCAGACGAUAGGAAAACCUUUCGGGACUUUAUCGAGUUCAUGGGGGCUGGUUCGUUCUCGAAAACCAUAGCGUCGAUCAUCGCGUAUCCUCAUGAAGUCGCGAGGACCCGCUUGCGGGAGGAGGGCACCAAAUACCGCACGUUCUGGCAGACUCUCAACAUCGUGUGCGCAGAGGAGGGCGUGAAGGGCUUGUAUCGCGGCCUCGGCACCCAGUUGAUCCGCCAGAUCCCGAACACUGCGAUCAUAAUGGCGACCUACGAGGCGGUGGUGUACGUGCUGACCCGGCAUUUUCGGCCGGUGACAGUGUCGUGCAGUGCCGGUGCCACGACGCAGUUCUACAGCGAGACAAAGACGAAGAGGGAACUGGCCUAGGACCUGCUCACGGCCCCCGAGUAAAGGGCCCAGCUGUUCCCCCUUCUGCGUUAGACGAAUACCGCGCGUAACGAGGCGUCGUCUAACACACAUCUAGAUGGAUCAAUCGCGCGUCUAAUUCAGAUGCAUCGAGAGACGAAGCGGCGACAAGAGUAGGGUGAGACAGGUUGUGGGGCAGAGAGAGAUUAAGAGAGAAAGCUGCUGGAUGUCGAGGAAAUGAUUUAUACCCUGACCGUCGCCCCGGGGGCUAGUCAGAAAGGUACUGUGCGCACUGAUUCCGCAAUCUAUGCUGCAAAAGUGUAGCAAAAGAUAGUUCUUCCUCCUUUCAGGUAACAUAUAUAUAUAUAUAUGGAUCCGUUGUUGAGAGGGAAGGAAAAAAAAGAGAGGAAGAGAGGGGUAAAAGAUGAGAAAGAGCGAAACAGAAAGGGGAAGAGGGAGAAAAAGAAAAUUAUAAGGAAACAGGCGAUUGAUUAGUAUGGGAUAGAGACCUGAGAGACCUGAAACUUCGCUUCUCGCGAAAACGCGAAUUACGCAUGCGUGAGCACCCGGAAGACAAGAAGAGGACUUGUGUUAUUAUGUAAAAAGCUUAUUUGUGGCAAAAAUGUCCUUUGCUCUGAAAACGAGACUGGCCUGUGAAAUACCGUCGCACAAGGCUCGCUAUAAAAAUAUGUAAUAAGCACCGUAAACUUCGGCUUCCCGGCGAGUCUGGCUUCCGAUGCCGUUUCCAUUUCACGAUCUGCGGCUUCUCACUUUGCACUUCGCGUGUUACCUUUCUCCUCGGUUGUUUGUUUACAAUAAAAGAGACGCUGUAAGGAGAAAACGAAGGAAAAUACAACGCGAAAUCGAUUUGUGAUAAAAAUAUCGCUUAUUAUUACAUCAUUUUAGAACAACAAAUAUAAUGAGGAACGAUUUGUGAUUGUUGUUUGAAUUUCCCGGAAGCAGUGGCUCUGAAUUUUUGAGUCGCUUCGAGUCUGAUCGCUGUUUUUCUAGAAAUCGACAAUUUCAACCGGUUCUUGUUGUAAAUGGAACAUCUCGUAGGUCAUCCUUGAAGGCUUCAACACUUCCUAAUUACUGUGACUUUAACAAAAGUCUUUAUUUACGUGUUCAUAAAAUCGUGUAAACUAUUCCGAUAUCGAAUUUCGCGGGGAUUUAGUUUUUCCGUGUCUCAUUUUUCAUCUCAGCAAUAUAAAUACUAAAACGUUUCAUUUUCAAUAGCACGCGCGCAAUAUUACCAGGUAUGAUACAUUUGAAAUUUACUCAACGCAUUUUCCACGUGUGUAAUAUGUAUUUGUAACUAAAUUUUCAAUUGGAAAAUUUUACGAUAAACAUUUUAAAUGCAAUGCAUAUAUAUUCAUACAUAACAGGUAUAUAAACGUAUAUUAUGAUAAACUAUGUUUGUGACUCUUCCAAUUUAUUUACGUUUCAAGGAAACUAAGAACAAAUAAAAUCCGAAUACUGCUGUUGACACGAUGUAUAUUUAUAUUUAUUUUACAUAUCGCAUUGUGAAGUAAACGUAAACAUAUUUUGCAUCAACAAUGGCAUUCUGACUUUUAUCAUCAUUGGUUUUCUUACAGUUUUAAUCUAAAGCCUUGUGAUAAUUUCAUUCGUUCGCGUCUAUUAUAUUGACAUAUUUUAGUAAAUCGAGUUGAUAUAAUAUGUAUUUUAUGAAGAUUUGAUAUAGAUUAAAUUACAUUUUCGUCUUUGUGACAUUUCCAUUGAUCCGUGUUCUUUGCAUAUACCACGAUUUCACUAUAUUUCCUUAUAAUAUUUUAAUGAACAACAACGGAUUAAAUUUUCCAUUUCCGUAGUUCCGUCGAAAUGUCGCUAAUAUAACGCAAUAAGUAGUUCUUGACAGUUCGAUGUACAUUUUUGUUCUAACUGUUGUUGUAACUUGCUCUUAGACGAAGUCUCAAGAAAAAAAGUAACAAGACAUACUGAAUGUAUAAAUUAAAUAAAUUGCACACACAUAGAAGGAAGAAAACAGCGAAGUCAACCUUAGAGUAUCCAUCCAAGGACUAUAGACAGCCUGAUAGUUUCGACUUUAUUUAUAUAGAAAGAUAUGCGUGUGUACAUAUCGAAAUGUAGACUGUAGCUGUAUAUUUACGAGCGUUUGCAUAUGUUCCAUUAGUUAGCUGUACGCAACAUCGCAUAGUACUAUCUUUCGGGAAGUUCGACAAAAGUAUUACGAGAACGCGAAGGCACCGUCGUUAUACUUACAUCUUUUAUAGAUCAGUCAUGGGAUGCGCGAAAUACGUUAUACUCAUCACAAUUCGUUUCUUAUCAUAAUCCUAAACAUGUAACUAGUUUCCACAAGAUACUGGAGAAAUAGGAAUCAAGAAAAAAUUUCUCUCGGUUUAUCCAAAUUUUAUUUUCAUAUUUGAUUCUCCUUUGAUUAUUUUUCUUUUGAUUUUUGUUUUUAUCGUUUUCUUAUUGUAGUUAAAGAAAAACGCGACAUACACACAUCGCUUUCUUAAAAACAAUGAAAUAUUUUAUCAACAUAAUUACGUUCAUAAUUACGUGCCAUUUUCUCUUGUUCGUACAUUCACAUAUAUGUAUUCUUAUAACUACAUUGAACAAAAUUCUUAUCGAUUCAUAGUUAUCAAUAUUGUAUUCUGUUGCAUUUCUUUUCUCGCAAGAUGGAUUUUUUAGGUGACCAUUAUUUUGUGUUUACGUUUACAUAACAUUUUCAAAAAUUAAUCACACGUACUUUUAAUUCAGUCAAUUGAUUUCCUUCAACUUAUACACCAGAUGUCAUAUGUACCUCAACAUUAUAACUAAGGUUAUUAUGUCCAACUUUACACAUAUAUGCAUAAGAUUGAAGAUCAUAGGAGAAACCUUAGUAAAUAAAUGUUAAAGCUCAUAUGACGCUUGGUGUAAUGUAGUUUUGACCGAGAGAUUAUCAUGUAUUGCUAUAGUUAAUACAUUCGCAAAAAUUUCAUUAGUUACUUGGAAAGAAUCUUUCUUUGUACUGUAUGUAAUGGAGCUGUGAUUGUAUUUUUUUCUUUUACCACUGAAACUUGGCGCUUAGCAAUUAUGUAAGGCGACUGGUUUUAUGACGUUUACAUAGGGAUAUGGAAGUCGUAUAAAUUAGAGUUCGAUAUUUUAGGCAGCAUGUUAUGUCUUAACGUUGUAACUAGGAUUAUUUGUAUGAUUUUCAUUCUUACACUUGUAUAAGUAAGAUUGGAAAUCGUAUAUAACUCUAGUAAGUAAACGCCAAGCAUAUAUGACACCUGGUGUACAUUCAAUACUGCAACCGCUUAGCGAGCUCUUUGAUCUGAUUGGGUAUAUAUUUUCGAAUUUGACUCUGAUUUAAAAGUUAUAAUCAAUCUAAGAGCUAUGUGGUUGUGUAGUCUCCAUAGAUAAAAUCAACUGAUGUUUGGAAGAAAAGGUAUGCGACUUCUGGAACAGCGUGUAUAAUCGAUAUAUUAACUGUUAACCAUCUUGUUGAGAUUUUAUUACAAAGCCACUUGUCAUUUGUAAGUGUACGUGCGAGGGAUGUGGUUUCUAAAUGCCAGGCUGUUGUUAUUAUAGUCGUACAUAGUUACUCCAUAGAAAUAUUCUACAUAUUUUAAUGAAUCACAAAGAAAUCUGAGAACCAGAUGCCAAGUUGUAAAUUGUGUACAGAUACUAAAUAAAGAGAGAGAAAGAAAGAGAGGAAAGAAGCUUAUUCAUUAUGGAAUAAGCGAUAAUUUUUUUUACGAAGUCGGAAAUAAGAAGUGGCAAAGAAGGAUAAGGAAAUGAGAAUAAGAAAGAAAGAAAGAAAGAGAAAAUUUCGUGUAUCCACGAGAAGCGAGCGUUUCGUUAAAGAAGACUGAUGUUGUACAAUUACUUAGCGUACCCUGAAAAAAUUAAUGCGUACAUAAAUAUCUAGGUAUAUGUUACGGUGAUAAUGAUUAAGCAAUAUUUUCAUAAAAUCACCGACUAUUCUGUGGCUGAUUGCUUUAUAAAUGUAACAAAAUUUGAAGUAACAUUAAAAUUCGAUACUUACCAAUGAUUUUAUAUAUUAAAACAAUUGAUGCGUUUAUCAUGCGCUUGAUUUUCUAAAAUUUUCGGUGAUUUGUUAAAAUAAUUGCAUAUAUUUGUAUGAAAAAUCAUUUGAAUUUUUCAUUUUAAUAUGAUUGUACUAAAAUCGUGGUGCAAUGAUUCCAUGGAAUUACUGAAGCUUUCAUAUAGAAUAACUACAUUAAACAUCUUCACCGUAAUACAUACAAUCUUGCGAUACCCUGUAAAACAGCUGUAAUGUAUGAAU